AUGGAAAAAGGCGACCUCUCCAAGGCUGCAUACAGGGGUGCGAAACUCCCCUCAGUCCCCGAGGAUCUCGUGGUCUCUGGCGUUCUCAAUCUCGAAUGCGACGAGCGCCUCUGGGUCCCGCAAGCCAAAGACGUCUGGUUCCGGCCGCUGUGUUUCAAUGUCUCGCACGGCUACUUUGUCAAUAUCCUGCGCGUCCGCAAGAGUGGCAUCCUGUCGAGGCACAGACACACGGGCCCUGUACAUGCAACAGUCCUGCGAGGGCGCUGGCAUUAUCUAGAACACGAUUGGUGGGCCGACGAAGGUGGUUAUGCAUUCGAACCGCCUGGCGAUAUCCAUACACUCGAGGUGCCGGAGGGGGUAGACGAGAUGGUCACCUUAUUCCAUGUAACGGGGGCCUACAUUUAUGUUGAUGUCGAUGGAGUGGCUUUAGGGAUUGAAGACGUCUUUAGCAAGCUACAGGCAGCGAGGGCGCAUUAUGAGCAGGUGGGAUUGGGCGCAGACUUUGCAGACCGGUUUGUCCGGUAG